AUGAUGGAUAUCAGUUUGGAGCGAGCUCCAUAUUUACCAGCUUCCAUCGUAUGGUAUUCGGUCUUUUACUCACCCUUCGAUUUAGUUCAUAAGAUAAUCGGCUUCAAGCUAGUGAAAGUUUUAGUAUGCAUUGCCAAAGAAGUACAGCGAGCUCAUAAGAUAUCUCAUGGUGUCGCUUAUGCAACGAAGUUAUAUUCAGAAUCCUAUAUGGUUCAGGUGUUAGUAGGGGUUUCGAAAGGCUGCGGAUCAGGAAUUGUGCAGAUUGUCGAACAGCUUGUAAGAGGUACAUGGGUUCCCUCACAACAUGAAAUGUUGCGCCCAUCGUUCACAACAAAGGCAUGUGUGGUAGCUUCGUUGGUGUUUACGCUAGAAAGAAAUAGUAUGUAUGUAACGGCUCCUCAUGAUCUCGUUUACUUGUGUGUUGUUGCAUUUUUCAUCUAUUUCAAACUCUCUGCUCUCCUCCUUGGAGUCACCGAUCCAUUUGCUCCAAUCGAAAAUCUUUUCUGUGCUGUUUUCAUGGGCGGAAUUUAUGAUGCGCUCUACAAAGCUGUUGAUGCGACCAGGGAAGAGGCGAAUUCAGGAAAGAAGAAACUGGACGAUGAUCUCCUCGAUGACAAGAAGUGGAAAAAGAACGAUAAAAAGAACAAAUGA